AUGAAAGAGAACUGCCAGACGAUCAUCGCUGUAGACGUCCAGUUACCUCUAUCAUAUCACCCAACUACCAGAUCCAACGAAAGCUACCCGCAUGGCAUAACGUAUGCUAUGGAUCUUGAUGAAUCCAUACACUGCGCUUUUCAACCACUAAACGCGGCGGGAAGGGCAACCGGGCUCACAUUGCAUUCCCAUCUAUCUCCUGAGUUCCAGUCUACCUACAAUCGCGAGCUAUUUGCCAUUGGCGCGCAGAAUCCUUGGAAAAUAACUUGGAUUGAAGCUUAUGAGAACACUAGGGACCUCCAGUUCUGGCAGGUAUAUCCUACGGCAAAAAUGGCCUGGUUUGCAAAUGCAAAGGCAAUGAGGCGAAAAGGGAGAAAAAAGGAAGAGUAUAUAUACACAACUUCGCCAGCCAUUUCGCUCUCCUUCUAUAUCGACAACUAUUGGAGCCAUUCUACAUCUCCAGAUGCCAUCAAAGAUUCUGAAACUAUUGGUAAAUUUCCUUUCAAAACCAAACUGUGA